CGCUGCCGGCGUCGGGUGCACUCGGCCUCGCCCGCAGCCCUCCCGCCCCAGGCGCCCGCUCGCUGCUCGCUCAGUCCGCAGCUGCCGUCGCCGCCGCUGCCGCUUCUGCUGCCGCCGCCGCCGCCGCCGCCGCCGCCGCCGCCGCACCUCCGUCCGUCGACUCGGCUACUGCUCACCAUGGCAGAGGCUCACCAAGCCGUGGCCUUUCAGUUCACGGUCACUCCAGAUGGGAUCGACCUUCAAAUGAGCCAUGAGGCCCUCAAGCAGAUCUAUCUGUCUGGACUUCAUUCCUGGAAGAAGAAGUUCAUCAGAUUCAAGAAUGGCAUCAUCACGGGCGUGUUCCCGGCCAGUCCCUCCAGUUGGCUCAUCGUGGUCGUGGGCGUCAUGUCGACAAUGUAUGCCAAGAUCGACCCCUCGCUGGGGAUAAUCGCCAAGAUCAACCGGACCCUCGACGCCACCGGCUACCUGUCCAGCCGGACGCAGAAUGUGGUCAGUGGCGUCCUGUUCGGCACCGGCCUGUGGGUGGCCCUCAUCGUCACCAUGCGGUACUCCCUGAAGGUGCUGCUCUCCUACCACGGCUGGAUGUUCGCCGAGCACAGCAAGAUGAGCCGCGCCACCAAGAUCUGGAUGAUGAUGGUGAGGCUCUUUUCGGGCCGCAGACCCAUGCUGUACAGCUUCCAGACGUCUCUGCCGCGCCUGCCCGUCCCGGCCGUCCGGGACACGGUCAGCAGGUACCUGGAAUCUGUGAAGCCCCUGAUGAAGGAAGCAGACUUUAAACGGAUGACGGCUCUGGCACAAGAUUUCGCCGUCAGUCUCGGACCGAGACUGCAGUGGUAUUUGAAGUUAAAGUCCUGGUGGGCUGCAAAUUACGUGAGCGACUGGUGGGAAGAGUACAUCUACCUCCGAGGACGAGGACCCCUGAUGGUGAACAGCAACUACUACGCCAUGGAUCUGCUGUACAUCACCCCAACCCACGUUCAGGCGGCAAGGGCGGGCAAUGGGAUCCACGCCAUCCUGCUUUACAGACGAAAACUGGACCGAGAGGAAAUCAAACCGAUUCUCCUGGGAUCCACGGUGCCCCUCUGCUCCGCCCAGUGGGAGCGGAUGUUUAACACUUCCCGGAUUCCGGGGGAGGAAACAGACACCAUCCAGCACCUCCGGGACAGCAAGCACAUCGUCGUGUUCCACAGAGGCCGCUACUUCAAGGUCUGGCUCUAUUACGACGGCAGGCUGCUGAAGCCCCGGGAGAUCGAGCAGCAGAUGCAGAGGAUCCUGGAUGACCCGUCGGAGCCUCAGCCUGGGGAGGCAAAGCUGGCCGCCCUCACGGCAGGGGACAGGGUGCCCUGGGCCAGGUGUCGCCAAGCCUAUUUUGGACAUGGGAAGAAUAAGCAGUCCCUUGAUGCGGUGGAGAAGGCAGCUUUCUUCGUGACAUUAGACGAAACGGAGCAAGGGUAUAGGAAGGAGGACCCAGACAGGUCGAUGGACAGCUACGCCAAGUCCCUGCUGCAUGGCCAGUGCUUUGACAGGUGGUUUGACAAAUCCCUCACGUUUAUCAUCUUCAAAAACGGCAAGAUGGGCAUGAACGCCGAGCACUCCUGGGCCGACGCCCCCAUCGUCGCUCACCUUUGGGAGUAUGUCAUAUCCAUCGACAGCUUUCAGCUGGGUUAUGAAGAGGACGGCCACUGUAAAGGGGACACCAACCCCAACAUUCCAUACCCCACCCGGCUGCAGUGGGACAUCCCGGAGGAGUGUCAGGAGGUAAUAGAGACUUCCCUGAGCUGCGCCAACCUUUUGGCCGACGACGUGGAUUUCUAUUCCUUUCCAUUCACCACUUUCGGUAAAGGGCUGAUCAAGAAAUGCAGAACCAGCCCAGACGCCUUUGUGCAGCUCGCCCUCCAGCUGGCUCAUUACAAGGACAUGGGGAAAUUUUCCCUCACCUACGAGGCCUCCAUGACCCGGCUCUUCCGAGAGGGCAGGACGGAGACCGUGCGUUCCUGCACCACCGAGUCGUGCAGCUUCGUGCUGGCCAUGGUGGACCCCACCCAGACGGUGGAACAGAAGCUCAAGUUAUUCAAGAUAGCGGCCGAAAAGCACCAGCAUCUGUACCGCCUGGCGAUGACAGGCUCCGGCGUGGACCGCCACCUGUUCUGCCUCUACGUGGUGUCCAAAUACCUCGCCGUCGACUCCCCCUUCCUGAAGGAGGUCCUGUCUGAGCCGUGGCGAUUAUCCACCAGCCAGACCCCUCGGCAGCAGGUGGAGCUGUUUGAUUUGGAGAAGAAUCCUGAGUUUGUGUCGAGCGGAGGGGGCUUCGGACCGGUUGCUGACGAUGGUUAUGGAGUGUCGUACAUUAUUGUGGGGGACCACCUCAUCAGCUUCCACAUAUCUUCCAAGUUCUCCUGCCCCGAGACGGACUCUCAUCGCUUCGGGAAACACCUGAAACAGGCAAUGACUGAUAUCAUCGGUUUGUUCAGCUUCUGCCCCAACUCCAAAAAGUAAAGAGAAACCAAAGCAGCCAACCCUUGGCGCUGCCGCGAAGGACGACGAGGGGUCUUCCGAUUAAAACCCACAUGAAAAACAGCUAUGAAUCCUGACUAGCGAUCAGGACGAAAAACUGCUCUCAAACACUGAGACGUUUUCCUUCCAUCGAGGCUUUGGUGGUUUUGCGUUUCUAGAACAGCAGCCUCCAGCCUGUGAAGUAUAACCCUACUCCUUCCAAGGAGGUGCUCACCCGGCGGCGGCGGCCGGGGUGGGGGGGGGGCACCGGAUAAAAUUCCCCUGAAGUCCGCACGCUGACCCGUGUCUAGGAAGGGAUGAACUUGCCGUGGAGUGAAUGACGUGAAUGACGGAACGAGUGGGGUUGUGACUUCACACACGCUCGGCGGCCGCCCCUCGGGUACUGAGUCCUUGGCCUUUGAUUUCAUCAGAGCAAUGGAGACAUUUGUUUCAUUCAGAGAAAAGCCACCGUUUAGGUCGGAGGUGUUAACAGUUAAUAGCUGACUGCACAUGUAACGCACUAACGGGGACACGCUGUGCUUUGGGGACCAGUUCUGUCCCUGCGGUGACUCUGUCACGGUCGAGUUGAGUUGUCUGCAUUUGUCCCAUCUUUAGUUUUCCUGACCCUGCAAGUCUUCAAAAGCCAGUGCCUUAAACACAGGGAUCCUACAUGUAAGAGAGACCACCGAGAGAUCCAUUGUGGAAAGUCUUUGGGGGCAGUGGUGGUGUCAGCGUAGCAAGUGGACAAGCCUGAGUGACCAUUUGCCUGCUGUGUCCCCUUAUCCCAGAAGGACCAGUGCCCUUACGAAGGUGGCCGCACUGCACUCCCCCAUCAAACUGCCUUCCUUAGGCUUCAUCAUUAAGCCGCAAGAGAAGACACGGGCGUGGCUCAGAAAUGGGGAGCAGGGGAUGUAACGUCACGUAUUUUGUAUCUGGCGCACUCGCUGAAAAAUAAAACGUCCUAGGUGCCUCAGGAUCCCUGCUUACCCAAACUGACAACAAGGAGAGCAUGGCAUUUGCCACUGAGAAAGGAGCAAAACUUGAGAAAAGGGGACCUCGAGUUGGUCAGGGUUGGGCUGCGCCAGGGCGGGCUUCGCAUCCCACCUGGUGAGAGAGGAGACCCGCUCCCAUUUCCUGGGAGACAGAGGGAGAUGGGCCUUCUCGGUGACCUCCUAGCAUGUCACGGGUCAUGGGUGCUGGGUUUAACAGAGCCCACCCUUCCAAUGGGAGUGCCUUUAUCAAAAGAAUGACCGAGCAAAAAGCAAUGAUGUACUGAAUUGUCUUCAGUGUCUAAUGCAAAAAUAAAGGAUCAUGGAAUGAAAUUGACCCACUGCCUCUGGGCUGUAAUGACGAGCUUAGCUGUCCGUUUUUAAAUUGUGUAUUUAUUUUUCUGACCACUCCGUUCUGGUUGGGCUCACCUCUGUAAGAGCUUUUGCAGUCCAGUGAUGGAGCCACGAGGCUGAACUGCUGGAGAGGAGAAACGCACUCGCUGCGGAGCGGGUACGUGUUUUGUGUUGUGAUGUAAAAACCCCACCUAAAUGGGCCAAAGACGUUUUCCCUCUGAAAAGCAAGCAGAAAUGAGAAGAGAGAGGCAAAAGGGAGCUCCAGCCACCACAGUGACAAAAGGCCCUUGUUUGUCUAUGGUAUGUCAUCAAGGAGGUAGGUAGGGGGGUGCAGGAUACAGCUCCUCUGCUCAGCCAGCCAGUGCAGCUUCCACUCAGCCAGGGCCACUGGAAUCAUACACUGUUGACCACUGACCCGUCUGUAGUAUGACUCACAAGCGAAUUUGAGUGCAGAUGUGCUGGCCCUCAAAGGUUUUGGGGCUUCUCUCUCAGGUUUUAAAUGUUUCAAAUGUAAUCAUUGCUCAUGUGCAGUUGUCAAUGCAAUUUUAUAUUCCUUAAAAGGGGGAAGAGUGGGUUUUUCCUGUACGUGUCGAAAGGAGGAGGUAAGAGUAACAUGUGUUUCGUUUAGUUUGGAACAAGCCAUAGUCUUAACGAAACUGCGGUCUGAAUUUGUUAUCCUGGACUGGCCUUUGCAUGUAAAUACAAUAUGCUCUUUGGGAUGUAAAUCUUAGAAAUGCAGUAUGGAUGUUAUCAUGAAUAAAAACAUUAAUCCCAGUCUA